AUGGUACUCGUGCGGUCGAUGGCACUAUACGGAGCACCCGUCUGGUGCCACGUCCUUACCCACGAGAAAGUCGCCGCGCUGCGACGCCGGCAGCGUGCGAUCGCAGUCAGAGUCAUUCAAGGAUACCUCACAGUCUCCUACGAGGUGGCGCGCCCUAGCGCAAGUGUAGCUGGAGCGCGGGGGCUCCAAUCUCGGCAGUCCGUGCUGGAGGCGUGGUCUCGUCGUUUGGCGGACCCGUCGGCCGGCCUCCGUACCGUCGAGGCGAUCUGCCUGGUUCUCGCGGACUGGGUAGGCCGCGACCGCGGAAGACUCACCUCCGGCUACCUGUGCAGACUCACAAGACAUUUUACCACCACGCAAACUUUUUACCACAGCAAAUCUUACCAGCCACCACGCAAACUACAAUUUUGCGGGUUCCACCUCUCCUACACGAUGUUACUCCCACACUGCGGAAGCCAACCGCAAACACUUGUCAAGCACGCACAAGCACGCACUUCACCAGAAAAACUUGCAUCCGCCAGCGGGACCCGAACCCCGCCGCAUCGCCAGACACGAACGCACCGGACGUCUUAUCUUACAGGUCACGACGACUUCAGAUGUGUCAAUUUUUCUUCCCCACGGAAACUUGCUUGCUUUCUUGUUUGCUUGCUUGUUGUGAAAUCCGCGACAAUGAGCUAUGCACCAUCCAGUAGACGUUCAUCGAGGUACAUAUCAACCGUAGCGCACCAAACACGUGGAUCGGCGUCUGUCUGUUCCCGAUGA